CUCUUAGUCAUUCCACUUCCUUUCUCUGCGUCAUUUUAUCUCGCCGACUCCAACCCACUUUUAUCCUUCAAUAGUCAAGUCAGAGAAGGUCAUCUCUACACAGAUAAUCACAGAAGAGGCAUGUACCUGCAGAUGACCCUGGAUGGGAGAGUGUCAGGAAGUGAUGUUCAGACACCUUACAGUGUGCUGCAGCUGAAAUCAGUUAAACCAGGCCACGUAAUCAUCAAGGGACAGUCAUCAUCCCUGUUUCUGUGUGUGGACAGUGGAGGCCAUUUGAGGGGGCAGAGGCACUACACAGAAGCUGACUGCACCUUCCAAGAGCUGCUGCUGGCAGACGGAUACACCCGCUUUCUAUCCUCACACCAUGGAUUUCCUGUGUCUCUGGCAUCGAAACAGUCCCCCGAUAGACACGCAGUCCCCUUCACUCGAUUCCUACCACUUAGGAAUACUCUGACAGUGGAGAGUGUGUCUGAACCACCACCAAACAGUCAGAGAUACUUCAACGUGGACUCUGAUGAUCUUCUUGGAAUGGGCCUAAAUUCUAUGGUCAGUCCUCAGUUUUCAGUGGACAAGUAA